UGCGCACAGAUGCGAGUUACAUUGACAGGCUGCAUAAACUCAACACUCACAUUCGUGCACGAGAGACCCGGGACAUGAGGAGAGUUGCAUUCUAAUGGUUUGUCCCUGAAGGAAACUUUUGAGUCACAGAAGAGACCCCUGCCAACAUGUUCAGCACCAAAAGACUGAAAAAAAAGUCCCAGUCAGUGGACAUCGGCUCUCCAGGAUUUCCUGCCCGUCUCAUCUCAAGUCUGUCCUUAAACAGAUCUUCUCCACCUGCUGCCAAGUUGACCGGGUGUGAGGUGCAGGAAAACAACACAACCAAUUCCCAGCACCGUGCUCCGCGGUGCAGCGAUCUGAAACGAGGAUACACAAUAGAUACUGGCCAGAAGAAGACCCCGGAGAAGAAGGAUGGAAGACGGAUGUCGUUCCAGAGACCCAAGGGCACCAUCGAAUAUUCCGUGGAAUCACGGGACACUCUGAACAACAUCGCGCUGAAGUUUGACACCACGCCCAAUGAGCUCGUUCAACUCAACAAACUCUUCUCCAGAAACGUUGUCCCUGGUCAGGUUCUGUAUGUUCCUGACCCAGAGUAUGUGUCCAGUGCGGGCAGCUCUCCCUCCUUCAGUCCCAGCAGCCCCCUCUCUCCCACGUCCUCAGAGGCCGACCUGGAGAAAGUGACUACCACGGACUCAAAUGGUACUCCUCGCUCGGAGGCUCCUGCCCCUCCAGUUCUCUCCGCCUUGCGGCCCUCCCGUGUGGUUUCCUCCACCUCGGAGGAAGAGGAGGCGCUGACAGAGAAGUUCCUCAAAAUCAACUGCAAGUACAUCACAGACGGCAAGGGUAUUGUUAGUGGGGUGUUGCUGGUGACGCCCAACAACAUCAUGUUUGACCCUCUCCGAACAGACCCUCUGGUUUUGGAGAGGGGAUGUGAGGAGUACGGCAUCAUGUGUCCAUUGGAGGAGGUUCAGUCUGCAGCCGUCUACAGAGAGAUCACAGACAGCAAGAUCCGAGACUCUGUGCCUCCGGACCUUGAAGCCGUGUUCUCCGGAAGCUCUCAGCAAAUGGAUCAGCGUCUAAGGGAAGGUUACAACAGCAUGGCUCCUUGCAGCACCGAGGGCUCCAUCUCAGAGGAUGUCUUCACUGAGUCGGAGCUCUCGCCCAUCCGCGAGGAGCGGCAGUCCACAGAGGAGCUCCAGCAGGAGGACAAGUCAUCAGGAGACUCGUCCCUAUCCGUGCAGACCCUCGCCCAAGAACCUCAGAUGGAUCAAACCUGCCAUAGAGAGGAGGAGGACAAGCUUAAACCAGAGGCACCAAAGGAGGAAGGAGAACCAGCCAGUGACACUGCCCAGCCCAACACCUACAAACAGCCCAGCCAGGAGCAGCCAAGCACACCCACCAGUAGGGACCACCAGCAGCCUCCCCACUGCCAGACCGAAGGAGUCGCCUCCUCCUCAGGUUCCCAGGGCUCAGAGGAAAGUUACCCAAAUGAGGCUACACUGACCCGAGAGGGCACUCGAGAUUCAGAGACAGAUGUAGAGGAGCUGAGGAAGAUGUGGAAGAGUCACACUAUGCAACAAGCCAAGGAACAGCGAGACAGCGUCCAGCAGGCCCAGAGAGAGACCUUCCAGCAAUCCAAGGGCAGCCAGAGAUUGAGCUCUGCUGAGGGUCUCAUGGUGUCCAAGGAGAGACAGAAAUCUCACAAGUUUCUGUGUCUGCGGGUUGGUAACGCUAUGAAGAAGACGUUUGUGUCCAACGCAAGCGCCUCAAUGCAGCAAUAUGCACAGCGUGAUCGCAAACAUGAGUACUGGUUUGCUGUUCCCCAGGAGAGGUCAGACCACCUGUAUGUUUUCUUUAUCCAGUGGAGCCCGGAAGUUUUUGGGGAGGGGGUUGGAAGCAUCAGCCGUGAUCCUGGCUUCAUCGUGGUAAAGGAAAUCGAGGAGUCAAACGAGGAGGCAAAAGAAGAGCAGCAAACACAAGAAAAUUCUGAUAAGGAGUGGGAGGUAGUGUCAUGGACUGAGUAUCACCACAGGAUCGAUGCGCUAAACAGCGAAGAUCUGCGCUCCCUAUGCAAACGCCUCCAGAUCACCACAAAGGAGGAUGUGAACUCCAAACAUGGCACAUCCAUCACCGCCAGCCUGGAGCUGGAGACCUUCAAACCCAACCUGAACGAACCCAGUGACCUUCUGGAGACUGAGCAGAUCGAGAAGUUGGCGAAACAUCUCCCGCCCAGGACCAUCGGUUACCCGUGGACUUUGGCUUUUAGCACAUCUAAACAUGGCAUGAGCAUUAAGACGCUGUAUCGGGCUAUGCAAGCUCAGGACUCGCCCGUGCUGCUGGUAAUCAAAGACAGUGAUGGACAGAUCUUUGGGGCUUUGGCGUCAGAACCCUUCAAAGUCAGUGAGGGUUUCUACGGCACAGGAGAGACUUUCCUGUUCACUUUCUAUCCAGAGUUUGAGGCAUACAAAUGGACAGGUGAUAAUCUGUUCUUCAUUAAAGGAGACAUGGACUCUUUAGCUUUUGGUGGAGGAAGUGGAGAAUUUGGGCUUUGGUUGGAUGGAGAUCUUUAUCACGGCAGGAGUCACUCAUGCAAAACCUUCGGGAAUCCCAUGCUGUCCAUGAAGGAGGAUUUCUACGUGCAGGACAUUGAGAUCUGGUCGUUUGAGUAGCAGCUCGCGGGGGAAACAUCUCUAGUUUCAGAGACUGGAAUUGGACAUCAGGCAAAUCCCAAACCUUUCUGCACAUCACUGCGGCUCCAAGCAAGCCUGUAACGGACGCUACUGUUACCGUGCUUGUCGUAUGUUACUCCUGCAUUUAAUACAGAGCUCUUCUUUGUGCUGUGUAGUAUGUGUGUGUGUUUUUCUUCAAGCUGUGUGCAGUGUCAGUAAUGAACGGGAUGGUGUAGAGACGGCCUUGGGUAUCGAAGGAUCCCCUGAGCGCUUUUAACAUCAAGUGAAAAUCAUGGUGGCACAGGUUUGGACUGCCCGAAAACUGCCAUUGUCCAGUUUACCUGAGCCAAUGCACCAGGUAUCUGUUUAAGUGCUGAUGUUAGCCAAUAGGAUGUCACUAAUGCAACACAAGUCUUGAUGAAAAAAAAAAACGACAAUGGGAAAAAAGAAAAGCAAACUGGAAACACAUUCCCUUUCUCUCAGAGGACGAAUAUGUAUUUUUUGAGGUGGGACGUCGAUUUUUAGGAUCAUAAUGGCAUCUUUAAGACGAAAGGAAAUGGAAAACACAUUUGUAGUUUCUUUUGAGGCAAAAUAUUCAAGUGUUGUGAAUUUGUAGUCUUUCUGUCGUUCACUAUCAUAGCACACACCAUGUCGGAGCACAUAGUCGCAAACCCCAUAGUUGUAAUGUUCUGUUCAGUGGGUUUGCGUGUAAGUGUGGCUAACACCUGCCCCUUCGCUUUCAGAAGGGCCGACUUUACUGUUCAUAGGCAGAAAUGUGUCUUAAUAGAUUUGUGGAAUAUGCAAAUUCCAGUCCUGUGACCUCAAAUAAUCCAGACGGGGCACUUUUGUUUUCCCUGUCUCUUUUCAAAGAGACCUUUUACAUUAAGUCUGAGACGUGAAUUAAUUGUUUUUCAUUAAUAUGACAAUUCUAUAUUUAUGUAUGUACAUACAUUGGCGGCCAAAAGUUUGGAAUAAUGUACAAAUUUAGCUGUUUUGGAAGGAACUUGGUACUUUAAUUCACCAAAGUGGCAUUCAACUGAUCACAAAGUAUAGUCAGGACAUUACUGAUGUAAAAAACAGCAUCAUCACUAUUUGAAAAAAAGUCAUUUUUGAUAAAAUCUAGACAGGCCCCAUUUCCAGCAACCAUCACUCCAGUAAUCAUACUAAACUGCUAAUUUGGUACUAGAUUCACUUGCCAUUAUAUCAGACACAAUUGAAAGCUAUUUGGUUCAUUAAAUGAAGCUUAACAUUGUCUUUGUGUUUGUUUUUGAGUUGCCACAGUAUGCAAUAGACUGGUAUGUCUUAAGGUCAAUAUUAGGUCAAAAAUGGCAAAAAAGAAACAGCUUUCUCUAGAAACUCGUCAGUCAAUCAUUGUUUUGAGGAAUGAAGGCUAUACAGUGCUUGAAAUUGCUAAAAAACUGAAGAUUUCAUCCAAAGGUGUACACUACAGUCUUCAAAGACAAAGGACAACUGGCUCUAACAAGAACAGAAAGAGAUGUGGAAGGCCAGAUGUACAACUAAACAAGAAGAUAAGUACAUCAGAGUCUCUAGUUUGAGAAAUAGACGCCUCACAUGUCCUCAGCUGACAGCUUCAUUGAAUUCUACCCGCUCAACACCAGUUUCAUGUACAACAGUAAAGAGAAGACUCAGGGGUGCAGGCCUUAUGGGAAGAAUUGCAAAUAAAAAGCCACUUUUGAAACAGAAAAACAAAAAGAAAAGGUUAGAGUGGGCAAAGAAACACAGACAUUGGACAACAGAUAAUUGGAAAAGAGUGUUAUGGAUCUUAACCCCAUUGAGCAUUUGUGGGAUCAGCUAGACUGUAAGGUGCAUGAGAAGUGCCCGACAAGACAGCCACAUUUAUGGCAAGUGCUACAGGAAGUGUGGGGUGAAAUGUCACCUGAGUAUCUGGACAAACUGACAGCUGGAAUGCCAAGGAUCUGCAAAGCUGUCAUUGCUGCACGUGGAGGAUUUUUUUGAUGAGAACUCUUUGAAGUAGUUUAAGAAGUUCUGAAUAAAAAAAUCAAACUGUAAUAGUAAUUUUUCACAUUAUGAAUGUCCUGACUAUACGUUGUGAUCAGUCGAAUGCCACUUUGGUGAAUAAAAGUACCAAUUUCUUUCAUAAGAGCAAUAUCUGUACAUUAUUCCAAACUUUUGGCCGCCAGUGUAUAUAUACAUACAUAUAUAUAUCUAUUACUGUUAAGUGUGACAGUGAUCUUUUUUGUGCUGAUAUUUCAGCUGUUACUAAUAUAAUGUAUAUUACCCUGUAAAUUAAUGUUAAAAUAGUUGAUUUGUUCCUAUAUAUAUAAAUAUAUAAACAAUUAUGCAGUGUGUGGAUUGGUGGGUUGCUUCUCGCACUUUAAUAAUCUAGUUUAAAGCCAGGUUCUUCAGGCCUCAUUAGCAGUAGCAGUACAGUAUAUAUUUUUGUUUGUCUCUUAGAUUAUAGAGUAACUAAUCAUUUAUAAUGAGCUUGCUGCUACUGUGGAGAGGAAGUGCCCUAGACGGGCAUCUCAGCGGUCGAGCACAGGGUCAGAUUUGAUGGACUCCAGCAGGGAAAGUCUCUUCUUCUGUGUCCUGUCCCAGCAUUUUUGUCUAGUCUUUUGUUUCUUUCGCUGUGUAGACUGACUGUGCACAGAGCGAGAGGAACCAUCGAUGUUCUUCUACGACAGUGGAUACAUCUGAUGAGAAGCGCAAAUCAUCUACUUGACCGGAAUAUAAUGUUACAGUGAUGUAUACAGAACAAUGAAAACUAAUAAAUUGUUGUAACCUGG